UGAUCUCCCUGAAAGUCGGUAAUCAGAAUGACAGUGCAUGGGGAGGGGAGGGGAGGAGACGUCGAGUCAACAGAGAUUGGUCCAACGACACAGCACAGACCGGAAUCCUUGCUCGUAACAUCCAUGCCGGUAAUAUGUAAAUCCAAAUGUGAUUUGGCAAAGUAUUGACACCGUUGCAUUUGGACGUAUGGUACAUGGUUCUUCUAAGUAUGUAGAUCGAGGGCUUCGAUGCAGACGUUCUCGCCAUGGGCUCAAGGAAUUGAUUAUGAGAAAGAUACAAUUCUGGGAACAUUCUCUUCAACUCGCCUGGAGCAUGGAAAGUGAAACCACGUCCACCCUGCUGCCGCCUGUCGACCCAGCCCACCACGGUAUGACUCUGGAGCAGAAAACUACCUUCGCUUUUGUUAUCUUCCUUUUUAUCUUCUUGGGGAUCCUCAUCGUAAGAUGCUUCAGGAUCCUCCUGGAUCCAUACAGGAGUAUGCCCACGUCCACAUGGGCGGACGGGCUGGACGGUUUGGAGAAAGGACAGUUCGACUAUGCAUUGGCCUGAAAGGGAGGUUGUGGUGACAGUGACUGAUGGAUUCCAGGAGGCAGUCUGUGCCCACUCUGUGACCGCAAGCUCACGUUGCCAAUAGGAUCUUUUCAUCAGCAGCUGGCUACGAACUAUCUUCAGAAUGGCACAGCUGAUUUAACACUCUAAGUACUUCAAUGGUACUGUGCAACUCUCUGAUAUGACUGGUUAUUUGACAAGAGCGGUGCAUUGUCAACCCGCAACAGCCAUGUCUUAAACCUGGAAAUGUAGUUACAUUAUUGCCUUUCCAGCGCCGGAUGGUAUUACAGAACUAAACAUAUUGUUGGGGUAUCAAUAACACGUACGUAGAUACACUGUAAAUGAGUAAAUGAUAGAUUCAUGGACAUCUCGACAUAUCUGGGCCGAGGAAUCCAUAGCUAAAAGUUGCAGAAUAAUUACGGGGAUUACACUACAUGGUAUUUUAGAAGAGACGUGUGCGGGUUACAGAUAAGCAAUUGCGGAUUUGAACUAUUUACGUAAAAUCUUAAUUAACACAUUUGAUGUAAUUUAGUCACACUCUUAGAAGCCUCUUUAGAGAAGCCUCUUUAGUCUUCCUAAUGCAGGUCUUGAAUACGACCAAGGUUGUGAUGAAGCUUUCACUUAGAUCUAGGAGUUAUGCACCACUCAAUGAAGAGAACAGACGAUUUUAUUUCAGAAUGUCAACCUUGUUUUUUUCCCCCAUGAAUCAAUAAGUAUAAAAUAAAACAUAACAUCGGUCGCUCAGAGUACUUAGAUGGCGUCUUGAUUUUGACUUUCAUAUCUUGAAUUCCAAUCGUUAAUACACUAACUUUUCUCCCUUUAGUAACCCGACAGGCGCAGAAACACAUGGCCCCCAUCCAAGCUGAGAAUCACACACAUCUCACUGAACUUAUUCCAGGCAGUUUGGGUUGGGUUGGCAGAGAAAACAUUUGGGCCCCACCAGUUUACUCGCUAAACUUUGCAGUCUACCAGCACAGCAGGGAGAUUUUUAUAAUUCUUGAUGCAACUGAAAUCGCUCUGCCAUUGGAUCUCAGGCUGUUCAUAGUCAAACGGCAAGAAUCACACCUUUAUUGCCAUGUCUAAACCUUAGCUGCACGGUCAAUCAUCAACCAUGCCCUAGAGGAUAACAUGGUUUAGUACUGGUUUACUCGUUCUGCCAAUAUUGACUUAUUUGUUCUGAAGUUCCACUGCCGUCCAUUAUUUUGGAGUUAAGGAGACCCUGUAAGACACCAUCACAGCUUGCCCAAUAUCCAAUCUUCACAACCUCAAGGUCAUUGGCUAAUUAACAAACGGAACAUCGACAGAACAAACAAUAAGUCUCAUGAGGUAUGAGCAUGUAUCACUGUGAACAAUACUACUAUAAAUAAUGCAAUACAAUGUGCUUCCAUACUGUGAUGGACAUAUUGAUAUAUCUCACACAAGCAAUUCCAUCCAAUGGAGAUUUCAGACUGUGAUGAUCCCAAGAUCUGUCCAACUUCACCUCACAAAAGAUGUGAGCUUUGUUUAUUAAAU